CGCUGCGUUGCUUGUGCGUAAAAACGUGCAAUCCCAAGCGAAAUCGUGAAUAAAUGCCAAAUAACCUGAACUGAUUAGUCGGUCUAAUGUGUAGUAAAGUGGGCGUUGCCUGACCAUGUGGCUUCGCUGCUGUCAUCCGAGUGAUUUUUGAAAAGCAGAGGGAGAAAAGUGCGAAGCCAAUCAUGCAGCGCACAGAGCCGACGCGCCAGUGAGAUCACGGACACCGGAGCAGCCAGGUCCCGAUCCCCGGUGAAGUUCACUCUAUGAAGAUGGAGGCUGCAGAGGCUCAGCAGGCCGAGACUGCUGUGACCCAAAGUGAAGCACAACAGAUCACCCCAGCCCAGAUCGCCACUCUGGCACAGGUGACACUGUCCCAGGGCCAUGUCUCCUCGGCAGGACCCACGGUGACUCUGGUGCAGCUCCCAAACGGACAAACAGUCCAGGUGCACGGAGUGAUCCAGACCGCCCAGCCCUCGGUCAUCCAGAGCCCACAGGUGCAGGCUGUACAGAUCUCGACGAUAGCGGAGAGUGAGGAUUCACAGGAGUCAGUGGACAGUGUGACUGACUCACAGAAACGCAGAGAGAUCCUGUCGAGACGCCCCUCCUACAGAAAGAUCCUGAAUGAUCUUUCAUCUGAUGCUCCCGCUGUGCCCCGUAUCGAGGAGGAGAAGGCUGAGGAAGACUCUGCUUCUGCUGCAGCCGCCACGCCCGCUAUCACCACGGUUACGGUGCCCACGCCCAUCUACCAGACCAGCAGCGGACAGUACAUUGCCAUCACUCAGGGCGGAGCUAUCCAGUUGGCUAACAAUGGCACCGAUGGAGUUCAAGGCAUCCAGACUCUGACCACAGCUCAGCCUGGAGCUACCAUCCUGCAGUACGCCCAGACCAGCGACGGGCAGCAGAUCCUGGUGCCCAGCAACCAGGUCGUAGUGCAAGCGGCUUCAGGUGAUGUGCAGGCCUAUCAGAUCAGAGCCGCUCCAGCCAGCACCAUCGCUCCCAGUGUGGUCAUGGCCUCGUCUCCUGCGCUGCCCACAGGGGGCGCCACUGAGGAGGUCACCCGCAAACGAGAGGUUCGCCUCAUGAAGAACAGAGAGGCGGCCCGUGAAUGUCGCAGGAAGAAGAAGGAGUACGUAAAGUGUCUGGAAAACCGCGUGGCCGUGCUGGAAAACCAAAACAAAACGCUCAUCGAAGAACUCAAGGCUCUCAAAGACCUGUACUGCCACAAGUCUGAGUAGAUCCAUCUCCAGAGAGGGACAAGUAGCAUCGCACGACACACAUUUAGGUACCACUUUAUAAUAACUACGUCUGCAUUAGCCUUAAUAAAGUACGAACACAGACUUCAACUAUUAUAGACAAGAAUGAUUCAGACUCAGAAUUGGAGUUAGGGUAAUAAUUACGUAGUUACUAAACCAGAAUCAGUCUUGAAGGUGCAUUGUGUAACGUUUCUGGUGGAGGAUCCAUGGAGAUGUUUUUUGCUUUGUCUGGAAUGUUUCACAGUAUAGUUUUAAACCAUUCUCUAUUCAUGGAAACCUUACCAGAUCAAGUUACAGGUCAGAUCUGUGGAGAGGCAACCCUGCUCACAUUCAGAAUGCCUGUUUUUCUUGGUAUUUUUAGCUGUAAAACCAGAAAUUCCAGGCAGAGCAAUGACAUAUCCAUAGAAAUGCACCUUGCACCUUUAAUAAACAUUAUAAUAUUUCUUUGUCAUUAUAGACAUGAGUAAAUGUAGUUAUUAUUAAGUGUUGCCAACAUUUUACACAGGUCCCGUUUCUCUUUUAUAGGCUGUGAAUAUUUUUAAAGUCUUAAUUCAUCUAAUUUUAGCACUUGAGCAAAGAAAUGGCAAUAUGUAUUGUUAUUAAAACUAGAAUUCUUGACGUAUACUGUGUACAAUAUAGUGACGUUAUUAUGUCACUACUAACACAGUGUUUACAAAUGUAUUAAUACAGUAAAUGUUUGCAGUGGUCCAAAGUUAUUCCUCAUUUACCUAGCGCCAUCCCAGCAUCCUAAUAAUUCACUGCAAUGGGUUUAUGAGAGCUUUUCAGAACUUCCAGUGGCUUCCUGGUUCGCGGGCAAUAACAAAACACUGCAGAGAAUACACAGCGGUCUCAUUUUGACCCUAAGAGCUGCUUAUACAUUAUAUCUGUACUUAAAAAUAGAAAUCAGGUACUUGCUUUUAAAUAUUACAUAAACUUCACCCAUCAAACUUCACAGCCUACUUCAAGAGAAAAGUGUUGGUUAUUUCUGUACAAAGUUGGUUUUUAACUCAAAGCACACUUAUUUACCCUGGAUUUACUACAAACACGUGAACAGGAAUAUUAAGAUUUAGUAAUAUUUAAAAAUAGCUGAAAAUGGCACUACAAUAAUGAAAACAGGGUAUACUUAUUUGAAUUCAAGUGGUGCUCCAGUGGGUUGGAAAUCACAGGGUAUCCCACAGUGCUUUGCUACUGAUACUUUGCAGUGCUGCCUAGCUGUGGGUGUUCAACAUGUAUGUCUAUGGCGGAAUGGUCAGCAGUUACCAUGGUGACACAGUGCGCACAUUAAGCAAGCAGCUGACAAAAAGACAGUUGUUUAUGGUCAGACUGUGUUAAAACAAACCUCAGAUUAAAGUCUAACAGAGCUGCAGACAGAGCAGUGCCUCUAGUUAGCAUCAUACAGAAUAAAUAACAAGCAAUUAUAAAAUGUACAUGUUUGGUGUGAAUCCAGGGUAGCCAUUUUCUGACUGCUCAAAUAUGGUGGCAGCUGCAAUACGAUUUCUACAGAAUGAAAUAAUACUAAAUAUUAAUACUAAAAAGAAGAGAUUUUGACAAAGAAAUUAAUGACAAAUUCAAUAUUGUCUAUCUUGAAAAAUAAAUAUUACUAAUAGAGUAGUAUUCUAUGAAAGUACCAAUAGACUAUGGAGUGAUUCUGGUGUUAUGAAAAUACAGUGUCCUCUGCUUAUAUUGCAUUUGUAGAUAAGAAACCUAAUUAAGUUUUGCACAUCUCCAGCAGGGUUACAUGGACUAAACUAGAACUAAAACUCAAAAGAGGCCUAAAGUAGAGCUAAAGCGGGACAUCGCAAGGACUAAACAAGGACUAUACCAUGUAAAGUUGUAAUAAACCAGAGCUAAACCAGGACUAAACAAGGACUAAACUAGGAUUAAAGCAUGUAAAUGAGUAAUAAACCAGAACUGAACCAGAACUAGACCAGGAUUAAAGCAGAUGCUGUGCACUAUGUAGCUUUUCUGGUGGAGGGUCUGCAGUCCACGUCUGCUUAUCUGAAGAUGUUAUUACUUUGCCUGGAAUGUUUGACAGUAUAGAGUUACACUUGCUUAUCUCACAUUUAAUUGAUUACAAAUAUUUUGAUUGCAUUGCAAAACUUCAAUUUUUAUGAGUGGGCUUGCAUAUCCACAGAUUUAACUUGUAACAUGCUGAUAGGUGUCUGAUACCAUACAGUGGAACAUUCUCGGCAAAGCAGUAACCUCUCCAUGAAGCAGGUGACGAACCCUCCACAAGAAAUUUUACAUCAUGCAGCUUUAAAGUGCCUAUGAUAGGUUGGACUACUCAUUUUACUUAAACACAUCUUUAUAUUUAAGAUUUUACUAAAAAUUCUAUACAUUUUUCCCCGGUUUGGCAAUUUUUUCAUGUAUCAAAUUUGAUUUCCGCUAGAAAUUGUGACAUCACACUAAGCAUAAGUGUUACAGCCACAUUACACACUUUGCCAAAACUCCUUAAAUGUACACAGAAAUGAAUAUUUGACAAAUAAUAGAACAAAACAAUAAAACAAAAGCUUUAUUUUGUUGAAAGUAUGUUUAAAGUGACAGAACAUGUUCCUACCAUGAUGUCACCAGUCUGGGAAUCUGAAAAUAGAACUGAAAUAGAACUUUACUUCCUGUAAUUUUCAACAUAUUUUUCCACUUUCCUUCACAAAUCGCUCCUGAAUCAGUGUAAAACUAUAUUUUUUUAUUUACAACAUGUAUUAUCCCACCAAAUUAAGUCAAAAUUAGCGAAUGAUCAAAACCUGUCAUAUUCACUUUAAGGUUAUAAAAUUAUUAGAACAAUAUGGACAAUUUUAACUCCUGAUGUUCACCAAGGCUGCCAAUAUAAGCAGAGGACAGAAUUGUAACAUAUAUGUAUUUUGGGCUGUUUUUAUUCACACAGAGGGGUUCCUAUUAAAUAUAUAUUAUACAAUUGUCUUGUUAAAGUGCUGGACUCCAUCUGAACAAUGUAAUCCUUUUUAUAUUCCCUGUACAUAGCCUUUUGCAUGUGUAGAUUAUUCGUUUCAUUUGAUAAAAAAUGUUCUCGUUUGAAAUAUUUGUAACAUAGAUGUAACAUAGGCAGAAUUGUAGGUCUCUAUGUGGAAUUCACUUUACCACUCCAUCAUGGCAGCUAUGUCUAUGGGAAAGGCCUUUGUACGUUCUAUUGUUUUUAUAAGUCAGAAAGCAGCUAGAGUCCACGUUACAAUUUUUAUUUCAUGUAUUUAAUUCUUGCAUGAAGUUAAAAAAAAAAAAAAAUAUUUCAGCAGAAUUUACAACAUUAAAAACUGCAAAAAAACAGGAAUACAUAAAUACAAUAUUGUACAUGAUAAUACAAUACCAUUUUUAUACAUCAUUUCAAAACAAAAUAAAAAUACCACUGUUAAAUUUUGUGUAUUGAAGCUCCUACCCAGAAAAAAUCUUUAGUUUUUUGUUACUAAGUUAAGUUGCACUGCAUUUGUUACACUCAAACUUUAAUCUAUUAUUAUGUUUUCAAAUAGAAAAUUUCAAGUUAAAAUAAUUAGUUGGAAAAAUCUGGCUUAAUCAAACAAAAAGAUAAAAUAGUAAUUGGGAUACAAAUGAAAGACAAAAAAAUGUAAAACUAAAGCUGUUAACUAAACAUAAUAAAUUAGAUGGAAAAUAUCUUUUAGCUAACUGUACUCUCUGGGCAAAUGGUGAUUUUAGCCGCUAAGCUAAUGGCUAAUUUAAGUCCAUUUCGAACCUAAAUCAAAAUGCAAACUAGUUAUUCUCUUGUGAUUAGAUGAAAGGUGAUACUGAUGGUUUCUAAAUGCCUGUAACAUUGACAAUUGUUUACAACAUUUACAAAUGACAAAUGUUUGUACAAAUAUGCAUUACAAACUCAUAAAGUUGUUGCCAAGUACUUGUAUUGGUAUUAACAAAAUAGCAAUUUAAGACUGAAUACUGUUAUCAUAUCAUCUCAUAUUAAUUCCAUGUAGGUAUGGGUAUUGACAAAAAGUAUUAUUAUAAUAUAUAUUUUUUAUAAUUUUACUUUUUUUUUUUUUCAGAAAAGCCUAGUCAGAUCCUGUUAUGCAGUUCACCAGACAUAUGCUAAAACGUGCCUGUAUAUGUCUUUUUUUUUCUGCAAUUCUUAAAUAUUCUUAACAAAGUGAAAGGGAAAAAAAGUUAAUUUAAACAGAAAUGACAUUUUUAUUCUUUUUAGCUCAUUUUCCAGCUUUGACAGUUUUAUUUUAAACAAUAUACUUGAUAUUCUAAUCCGCUAAAGAACUAAACCUAGCUAAAGAACUAUUUUGAUGAUGUUAUACUAUACAUCGCUCACCUCUAUUUCCAUUCACUCUUAAUACUGCUUCAAAAUAGUCCUACAUAUGGUACAUAAAGGUGUACUAUGUAACUUUUUUUGGUGGUGAGUACUCUCAUCAUCUUAUCUCCAUGGUAACGUUAUUGCUUUGCCUUGAAUGUUCCGCAGUGUGACAUUUAACGUAGCUAUAACCGGCAUUUGUUUUGACAGGGCUAUUUUUAUUGCUCAGCAAACACUAGUGCGGGAUUUCCUCUCCACGGAACUUACUUCUAACUUGGACUGGUUACAUCACCUGCUUGUCUCCAUGGAGAUAUAGGUUUAAUGCUAAUAUUGUGAAACAUAACAAACCAAUAGCAAUAACAAUCUCCAUGGAGAUGAGUAGAAAACCAGAAACGUUACAUAGUGUUAAAUCACAACUUUUUACUGUCAAUAGUUUGCAAAUAAUUCAGAAUCGGUGCUUAGAAAUUCUUUGUUAUUGUCAAAAUGUGGACUCAACUUUAGAACUUUGUAUAAUGCAAUAUCCUACCAAUAGUAUUUUCAAAUUUGAGCCAUGAUAGUUUUGAUUCAUGGGCCAUGAAUGUGCAUGAACGUGCGUCAUCAUAGACUUUGUAAACUAGAAAUUCAACUUUUUUAUUGAUUCAUGUGACCACUACUUUGUAUAUUGCCUUUUACAGGUGGGUAAACUACAACUCCAUUUUAUUGUAUUGUAUCUCGUUAAAAUGAUUGUUGCCAAAUGAUGCAUUCAUAACAGUUUGUGGGAAUUAUCUGUAUUGUUUAUGUAUUACCAAU